GAAGUUGAUCGUAUUCAACAGUGUGAAGUGAAGUGACGUGGAGUGUUACGGACACGGCGGCUAAAAACUUCAUGAACUAUGAGAAGAGUUGCCACCACAUCCUGAGAUAAGUCACGUCUAGCGGUCGUAGCACCGAUUGCUUCACUCUUUCACAUUCAGCCUCGAUGGAACAAGUUUUUCAACCACGAAUCAACAACACGGCGCUUACCCGGCUAGCCAAUUAGCUCGCUAACAGGAACAGCCGCUGCCGUGACGGUAGCUAUGUAAAGUCAGCGUUGUGCAAGUCAGAUAUUGUUUUAUCACUUGAGCCGAAUCAUGAGAAGGACUAAGGAGGACUCGAGGUCCCGUCGUUGACGUCUAAUUUGCAGAAACUGCAGCGGUUAGCUUGCUAAUGUUAGCCCGUCCGCGAAGCAGGGGAGUAUCAGAGGCAACUGUCAAGAUGUGCCCUCUGCUGCGGGGUGAGGAGAUGUGUCUGGCCCAGCUGUUCCUGCAGUCCGGAUCAGCCUACGACUGCAUCAGUGAACUUGGAGAGCUGGGGCUUGUGGAGUUCAGAGACCUCAAUCCCAACGUUAACGCAUUCCAGCGGAAACACGUCAAUGAGAUUAAAAAAUGUGAAGAGAUGGAGAGGAUCCUGGGAUACCUUCUGAGGGAGAUCAAGAAAGCAGAUAUUUCACUGCCAGAUAGAGAUGUGAACCCGGUGGCUCCUUUACCCAAGCAUGUCAUUACAAUCAUGGAGCAGCUACAGAGACUGGAGGUGGAGUUGGGUGAAGUCACCAGGAAUAAAGAGAAGCUGCAGAAGAAUCUGCUGGAGCUCACAGAGUACACACACAUGCUGCGCAUCACUCGCAGCUUUGUACAGAGAAGUGCUGAGCGAGAGCACCUCGAAGCACAGUAUGAGGAGUUUCCGUUCUUAGAAAAAGACACAAUGAUGGACUACAGCAGCAUGCAGAGGCUGGGAGCCAAACUGGGUUUCAUUUCUGGCCUCAUUCAGAGGGUGAAGAUCGAGGCCUUUGAGCGGAUGCUUUGGAGAGUAUGUAAAGGUUACACCAUCCUCAGCUAUGCUGAGGUCGAAGAGUAUCUAGAAGAUCCUGACACAGGUGAGCCUACGCAAAGUGUGGUGUUCCUGAUCUCAUACUGGGGAGACCAAAUCGGCCAGAAAGUGAAGAAGAUUUGUGACUGCUACCACUGUCACCUGUAUCCGUAUCCCAGUAGCAAUGAGGAGAGGAAUGACGUUGUGGAAGGACUAAGAACUCGCAUCCAGGACCUGCACACAGUGCUGCAUCGGACAGAAGAUUAUCUGAAACAGGUUCUGAUUAAAGCUUCAGAAUCAGUCUACACCUGGGUCAUCCAGGUCAAGAAAAUGAAGGCCAUCUACUAUAUCCUGAACCAAUGCAGUUUUGAUGUGACUAAUAAGUGUCUAAUCGCUGAGGUGUGGUGUCCCGUCAAUGACAUUCCCACACUGCGGAGGGCCCUCGAAGAAGGAUCGAGAAAAAGUGGAGCAACGGUUCCUUCCUUUGUCAAUCGGAUCCCCACCACCGACACGCCCCCGACCCUGAUCAGAACCAACAAAUUUACCUCUGGCUUCCAGAACAUCGUGGAUGCUUAUGGAGUGGGAACUUACAGAGAGGUGAACCCUGCUCCGUUCACAAUCAUAACUUUCCCGUUCUUGUUCGCUGUGAUGUUUGGGGAUCUGGGUCAUGGAGCUAUCAUGGCUCUCUCAGCUGCCUGGAUGGUUUUGUAUGAAAACAACCGUAAACUUAAGAACACCAGGAAUGAGAUCUGGAACACAUUCUUUGAGGGACGGUACAUCAUUCUGAUGAUGGGCCUCUUCUCCAUCUAUACUGGCUUAAUAUACAAUGAUUGUUUCUCAAAAUCCCUUAAUAUCUUUGGCUCUGGGUGGAGUGUGAAGGCCAUGUUUGACGAGAAGGUGUGGGACAACAGUGUCAUCAGUGGAAAUGGUGUUCUCACGCUUGAUCCGAACAUUACAGGAGUUUUCAAAGGACCAUACCCUCUGGGAAUUGAUCCAAUUUGGAACUUGGCAUCCAACCGCCUUACAUUUCUGAACUCCUAUAAGAUGAAAAUGUCCGUGAUACUGGGUAUCAUACACAUGAGCUUCGGGGUCGUCCUCAGCACUUUCAAUCACCUGCACUUUAGGAAGGAGUACAACCUGUACUUGGUGUUUCUGCCCGAACUCCUGUUCCUGCUGUGUUUGUUUGGAUACCUGGUGUUCAUGAUAUUGUACAAGUGGCUGUUCUUCACCGUUAAGGACUCCAGACAUGCACCGAGCAUUCUCAUCCACUUCAUAAACAUGUUCCUCAUGCAGAGUGAUGCAGUGCAGCCCCUCUACCCAGGACAGACUGGCCUGCAGGCAUUUCUUUUGGUCAUUGCUGUUCUGUCGGUGCCUGUUUUACUCCUGGGGAAACCUGUCUACCUUUACUGGCUUCAAAAUGGAAGUCAUCGCCUUGGAAUGUACAGGGGAUAUGAGCGUGUGCGACGAAACAGUGAAGAGGAGCUCUACCUGAUGAGGGCUCAUGACAUGGAAGAGGGCAGCAGUCACAGUGAUUUUUCCACUAGUGGAGAGCACAACACAGAAGAGUUUAACUUGGCAGAUGAGUUCCUUCAUCAAGCCAUUCAUACUAUUGAAUAUUGCCUGGGUUGCAUCUCCAACACUGCCUCCUACCUAAGGCUCUGGGCUCUGAGCCUGGCACAUGCCCAGCUGUCAGAGGUGCUGUGGGCCAUGGUGAUGCGAAUAGGACUACGAAUGGACACCAGUCUCGGGGUUUUAUUUUUGGUGCCUGUCUUUGGCCUGUUUGCAGUUCUCACUGUGUCCAUCCUCCUGGUAAUGGAGGGUCUGUCUGCAUUCCUUCAUGCCCUCCGGCUGCACUGGGUGGAGUUUCAGAAUAAAUUCUACAGUGGGACCGGAGUCAAGUUUUGCCCCUUUUCCUUCUCUCUCCUGCCCUCCAGCUUUGAGCAUGAUGGUCUACUGUGAAGGGACUAUCUAAUAACACUGUUUGGUGGCGAGCAGAGCCAAAACAAGCCAGCAGGGUUCUGUGCUUAAAAAGACUUAUUCCAGAGAUGUCAUGAGGUUAUUUUGAUAUUUAUUUUCCUCUUUUAAAAUUCUGUCAUGUAAAGAAAAUUGUAAGGUAAGUUUCACAAACUGUUGCAAUCAUGCGGCAGUCCCAGUUUCAAAAACAUGGACAGAGCAGAGUGUGCUGCUGAGAAAUUAGUGUUUCUUAUUGCAAAUUCAUGUAACAAAGAGUAUUUUGUAUCAGGAGCCGUAUACUUAUCAGCACAACAUUUUGAGGUUGAAAUGUGAGACUCAGAUUGAAAAUGUAACUCAUAUGCUUACAACCAUCAAUUUUUUUUAUAAGAUAACGGUUGUUGAUGCCAUUUGUAUCCACCAAAUGUAAAAUAAACAAAAAAAUAAAUAUAGUAUAUUUAGUAUUAGAUAACAUAACAGUAAUAAGAAAUUAGAGGGACUUAAGAUCUGGCUACACAGAAAACACAGAAAGAUCAAUUUAUUCCCAUUUUUUAGGGGAUGAAUAAAAAAUAGAAUAACAUCCACCUUCUCCUUUAAAUGGAAAAACUGCUAUCUUUAUUUAUUACUUUCUGUUUCCCUAUAGAAAUGUUGUCAUUCAUUUUGGCAUAAUUGUGUAUGUUAAUGCUGGUAUUUUAAUUUCAUUCUCAAUCAAGCUUCAGUUUUGUUUGAUCUGGUUUCCAUAUACUGAGUAGUGAGCCACCUUUCAGUUACAUAGUUAUUGCUCAGCUUUUUGUUGCACUGACUGCCUUACAGAAGUACAACUGCAUAACAGCAAAGUGUAUGAUUGUUCAGGUUCUCUAAUAUCCCCAGUCUGUCCUACCAAAACACAGUGAAAGAUGUUUGAAAGGGCUUAGGCAGCGAUGAGAUGUAUAUACUUUUGCAGAAUUCUUUUUUAAUUUAUUUUAAAAUGUUGGAGCCUAAGUACAGAUGAAUGUUAAUGGAAUGUGAUUUUUACUUUUAUGCAUUCACAGUGUUGCCUUUGCCACUGCCACUUACUAUACAUUUUAACAUUCCAUGCAUGGAAAAACUUCAUUUGUGGACUCAGCUCUGCUGGCUGGGAGUCUCUUACUUUGAAAGGUCCUAAAUCCAUAAUUAGUACAGUAGCUGACCUGUGUUACAUCCUAAUAGGAGAAAAUUAGUUAGUGAAGUUUCUGAUUUCAGGCACACAGUAUUUCAUCGUUUUGUUAGCCGAUUAGUACUGUGUGGAAAAUCUUUCUAAAGGGAAUGAGACUUAAUUGUCAUCACUGUUGUGCUAUUAAAGUGUCUGCAUUUUGGUCUGUGGCAACAUAAUUUGCUCCAGGAAGACACUGAUAAUUUUAGCAGUGGUUCUUUGUGGUAUCAAAUCUUGAUGAUACAAGUGGCAGUUGCUGUUUUGUUCGGGUAAGUGGUAUUUCAUUAGAAAUUAUUGGUUAGUUCAAACAAACAUGUUCAAUGCUUGAUUGAAUUGGGGAAUUGUAAUUUCUUCUAAUGCAAGAGUGAUUGUUCAUUUAAUUUUAAAAAUCAUGUUCUUUCGUUCACAAACACUCCAUGCGCUAAUUGUUUUAAGGAAAAUGUCUGUUCACCCUCAAUGUCAGUAAUAAAUUGUACUUGUUUGA